GGACUGAAAAUGUUGACAUUUAUAAAUGUUUAGUGUUAAAAAUCGUAUAAGAAUUAAUUAAAAAAGCUUUGUUGUGAGUUCUUGUAAAUAUAUGUAAUUCGAUCAAGAUUUGUCAUUUCCGAAAUAUCAUUGCUGUAAGUUUUUCCGAGUGAGUCAACCUGUUCGAAUUACCUGACAGAGGUAGGGCGACAUGCCGAAACAAUACAAAGCCAUGCGGCUUACGAAUCAGUAUUGCUCGGGCAGUGAUAAGGUACGGACGGUAUCGUACGUAAAAAAAAUUAUAAUAACGAUAGUAAUAUAUAUAUUACAUCUUAAUACUUAAGUUCAUUAAUAUUUCACUAGCAUUUAAAUAUUUUUACCAUUAUGAUCUACAAAUUUUACUAGUGAUUCUAUUUAUUUUUUAUCCUAACUGUUGUUUUAUCUUCGAACUGAUAAGGUUUAAAAGUGUAUUAUUCUGCGCAUGAGAAUAUUCGAUUUACACGGUAGAAACUGAUUAUUGUUAAGUGUUUUAUUUUUAAGUGAACAUUGAAAUAUUGUAGUGUCCAAGGAAUGCAAUUCGUGGAUUUUUAAUGCUGGUCAUUAGGAAAUUUAUUUGGAAGUGAUUAUAAAAGUUGUGCAAUAUGAUGGAUGAUUUAUCUUCGUAUCCACAAUUUAUAAGGGGCUCGGACCCGCGCGCUGCAACGUGCCGCGGGAAGUUGCAGUCCAGAAGAUGCAAGCUCAACCAAGAAAUCAACAAAGAACUGCGCCUGCGGGCAGGAGCAGAAAAUUUAUACAAGGCCACAACAAAUCGAAAAUUACGAGACACAGUUGCACUGGAGUUAAGUUUCGUUAACUCCAACUUGCAGUUGUUAAAGGAGCAAUUAGCUGAAUUAAAUUCUUCCGUAGAAAUAUACCAAAAUGAUAGUCAACAAGUCGCAGUGCCCAUGAUACCUUUGGGUCUUAAAGAAACAAAAGAGGUCGAUUUUCGUGAACCUUUUACGGAUUUUAUAUUAGAACAUUAUAGUGAAGAUGCUUCUAUCUACCAAGAUGCCAUAGCUGAUCUUAUGGAUACAAGACAGGCGAUCAGGACACCAGCACGAGACUCAUCAGGAGCCGCGUUGCUCUUUAGGUAUUACAAUAUGCUAUAUUUUGUUGAGAGAAGAUUUUUUCCACCUGAUCGAAGCUUAGGCGUUUAUUUUGAGUGGUACGACUCAUUAACAGGUGUACCGUCCUGCCAAAGAACAGUUGCAUUUGAGAAAGCUUGCGUUUUAUUCAACUUAGGUGCUGUAUACACGCAAAUUGGUGCUAAACAAGAGCGCAAUAGCAGUAGAGGAUUAGAUUCCGCAGUAGAUAGCUUCCUAAGAGCAGCUGGUGUUUUCCGUUAUAUUUUGGAUACUUUCACGAAUGCUCCUUCCAUGGAUUUAAGGCCACAAGUGCUCGAUACUUUAGUCCAAAUGAUGCUGGCGCAAGCUCGUGAAUGCUUGUACGAGAAAUUAUCAUUGCAAUCCCGAUCACUUCUCAAUGGAGACCUCGAAAGGGAUUUGGCUGGUGAAGCUGGGCAAGUAGCGCGCGAUUAUGGUGAUCUACACGCUGCAGUUGCUGCUGAUGCAGUAGCAGAAUUCGUUCCUGCUUCUUGGACGGCGCUUAUUGGCGUAAAACGGGAGUAUUAUACGGCUUUAUCCCAUCAGCAUUCUGCGGCCUCGAUUCUAGGCCCAGAGUCUUCUUGUACUUCAAGUGUGCCUGAAGAUCGCGUUGCACUGGGAAUAGCACAUUUGAGGGAAGCUAUUGCAUGUCAUGAAGAGGCUCAGAGGUUGCAACGUAUGAGCAGGGAACUUAAAGGAAAAUCUGCAUUGACGAGAGUUUUAAGGAUGGCACAUAGUGAAGCAGCAUCUACUGCAGCUGCUGUAAAAGAAGAAACAGGAACUAUGGCUGAACUGGCUGAAAUGUUGGACGCUCCACCUUUGGAAGCCUCCAGCAAGUUUCAAUUAACGGUAACAGAGCCAGAUUUGGCUGCUCACAGGGUUGAAGAUCCUUUCCGAGCGUUGGGGCCGAUUGCUAUAUUUUCAGCAAGAAGACAUUGGACCGCUCCUAGAGUAGUACGUUUACAAAGACACAAAGAACCGAAAAACGAUGGUUAUGGAUUUGCUGUACGAGGUGAUGCGCCUGUAAUUGUAUCCCAUGUGGACGCCCAUUCCUUAGCAGAUCUUGGUGGUGUCAAAGAAGGUGAUUAUGUAGUCGGUAUUGGAAAUAAAGAUGUGAAGUGGUCUCCCCACCAAGAAGUAGUGCAAUUAAUACAAAAUGCUAACACAUCACUUACCUUAAGAUUAGUUACGCCAAUGGACAAAAAUUAUCUCAAGCCAUCAUCUUGUUCACCAAUGUCCAAUGGAAAUGGUUACAUGAAUGGCAAUGGUAAUAAAGGAUCAGUCUCGACGUAUUCUAGUAGUUCCGGAGUCUCCAGUGGAGGUCCUAGUCCACCAGGAACUCUGGCACAAGCUCAGACCAGACAAAGAAAAUUACCCUGGAAUCCUUUUCGCAGACAAAGUUCAACAUCAGCUAAUUCUACUCAUACAUUGAAAAAUAUAUAAAUUAGAGUUAGAUUAUAGUUGUUCUUAUAGUAUUCAUAAUAUUGGAAAGUAAAAUGGAAAU